AUGGCAGUCCCUGAAACACGGGCCCACGCGGUUGACCGGAGCGGUCAGCGCGACCCCGAACGCGGGCCCCUGCUCCUCUCCUCUCGUCUCGUCUCGUCCUCUCCUCCGCUUCGCGUCGCCCGCCAAUGCUGCGGAGCCAGCCAACGCCCGCCACCGUCCACCGGUCCUGGACAGGCCGCAGGAGCGCGCGCCACCGCACGCUGGGCAGCGCCCUAUAACAGCCGGCCACCCUGCUCCUCCCCUCCAUAUAGCAACCAAGUCACUAGCGCCGAGGCCUCCUACAUCGCGCACCGCCAGCUGCUCGCCAUGAAGGAGGGCGGCGGCGGCGAGGCCGGGGACCUCCCGCCGGACUUCGAGUUCGACGACCGCGUCGGCGCCAACUUCCCCAACCCGCGCCUCCGCCGCGCGUACAUCGCGCUCCAGGCGUGGCGCCGCGCGUUCUACUCCGACCCCAAGGGGUACACCUCCAACUGGGUCGGCAACGACGUGUGCGCCUACAACGGCGUCGUCUGCGUCGAGGCGCUCGACGACCCCAAGGUGACGGUCGUGGCGGGCAUCGACCUCAACGGCGCCGACAUCGCCGGGUACCUUCCGCCAGAGCUCGGCCUGCUCACCGACCUCGCCUUCUUCCACAUCAACAGCAACCGCUUCUGCGGCAUCAUCCCCAAGAGCAUGUCGCGCCUGUCGCUGCUGCACGAGUUCGACGUCAGCCACAACCGCUUCGUGGGGCUAUUCCCGUUCGUCGUGCUCGAGAUGGUGUCUCUCAAGUACCUCGACAUCCGCUUCAACGACUUCGAGGGCGAGCUGCCGCCGGCGCUCUUCGAAAAGGACCUCGACGCCAUCUUCGUCAACACCAACCGCUUCGUCGGGCCCAUCCCGGAGAACCUCGGCAACUCCACGGCCUCCGUCGUCGUCUUCGCCAACAACGAGUUCGUCGGGUGCAUCCCCAAGAGCAUCGGGCGCAUGGUCAAGACGCUCGACGAGAUCAUCUUCCUCAACAACAAGCUCGACGGCUGCCUGCCGCUAGAGAUCGGCUUGCUCCAGAACAUCAGCGUCGUCGACGUCAGCGGGAACGCGCUCGUCGGCACGCUGCCAGAGCAGCUCUCCAACCUCACCAAGCUGGAGCAGCUCGACGUGUCCAGGAACGUCUUCACCGGCAUCGUGCACGAGUCCAUCUGCGAGCUCCCGAUGCUCGUCAACUUCAGCUUCGCCUUCAACUACUUUAACUCGGAGGCCGCCGUGUGCAUGCCGUCGGAGAAGGCGGAGGUGAAUCUCGACGACAAGGGCAACUGCUUCGGCGCCCUGCGCCCGGCGCAGAAGACGACGCUGCAGUGCGCGCCCGUGCUCGCGCGCCCCGUCGACUGCAGCAAGCACGUGUGCGCUGGGUACCCGACGCCGGGGAAGCCGUCGUUGCCAGGAAAGCCACCGUUGAUCAAGCCGUCGCCGGUGCCUGCUACUCCACCGACGCCGGUGCCUUCUACGCCACCAGUGCCAGAUGGCCGUCUUCCACAAGAACCACCAGAGAUGCCAACACCGGAGCCGGCGCCGGCACCUGUACCCGUUAAGUCGCCGCCGACGAUCUCGCCACCAGCAGGGUAUGCUGCUCCGCCGCCUCCAAAUUCUGGCUGGCUCCCGGUGACACCUGAGCGCCCGAAGGCCCCACCACCACAGGCGCAGCCUCCGGUUGUCUCCUCUCCGCCUCCGGCUCCAAUAAGCUCACCCCCUCCGCCUGUGAAGUCUCCUCCUCCACCAGCGCCCGUGGCGUCACCACCGCCGCCAGUUAAAUCUCCUCCUCCACCGGUCCCAGUAUCCUCACCACCACCACCUGUGAAGUCUCCUCCUCCACCGGCGCCAGUGUCGUCACCACCACCACCUGCGCAGUCUCCUCCUCCACCGGCCCCAGUGGCAUCACCACCGCCGCCUGUGAAGUCUCCUCCUCCACCGGCGCCAGUUGCCUCACCACCACCUCCAGUAAAGUCUCCCCCACCACCAGCUCCAGUGAGCUCUCCACCUCCCCCGGUGAAGUCUCCUCCACCGCCCGCUCCAGUGAGCUCUCCACCACCUCCGGUGAAAUCACUUCCUCCGCCGGUGCCAGUAGUCUCACCACCACCGCCUGUAAAGUCACCCCCACCACCAGCUCCGGUGAGCUCUCCGCCACCCCCCGUGAACUCACCACCGCCUCCAGCCAAGUCACCACCACCACCAACGCCAGUGAGCUCGCCACCGCCACCAGUGAAAUCACCACCACCUCCAGCUCCAGUAAGCUCACCACCACCUCCAGUGAAGUCUCCUCCUCCACCGGCACCAGUUAGCUCCCCUCCACCACCAGUUAAGUCGCCGCCGCCGCCAGCUCCAGUGAGCUCACCGCCUCCAGUGGUAUCCUCUCCCCCACCGAAGCAAGAGGAUUCGCCAUCACCACCGACGGAAUCCCAAGCUCCGCCGUCGUUCAACGACGUCAUCCUUCCGCCCAUCAUGGCCAACAAAUACGCGUCGCCGCCACCCCCGCAGUUCGAAGGGUAUUAG